UUCUGAGUGUGGAAGAAGCUGAAAGAAGGGAAACCAGGAGAGGGAGUAGAGCAAAAUUAGGCGGAAGAGAGGCGCUGAGGUUGAGCUGGACUCGGAGGGAACUGCGGAGAUCUCGAGGAGGGAAUGCCGAAAAGGAGAGGAGACGCACGGCCACAGCACCAGACAUGAGUCCGAGGUGGUGGACUGAAGACAAUGCUGGAUGCCAUGGAAGUUCCAAGUCAUGCUAGGGAUCUCCUCCUGCAGCUCAACAGCCAGCGAACCAAGGGCUUCCUGUGUGAUGUUAUCAUUGUGGUGCAGAACGCCCUCUUCAGAGCUCACAAGAACAUUCUGGCUGCCAGCAGCCUCUACUUGAAGUCAUUGGUGGUCCAUGACAAUCUUAUCAACCUCGACCACGAGAUGGUGAGUCCUGGGGUCUUCAGGGUCAUUCUGGACUACAUCUACACAGGGCGCCUUAGUGAGGGAGACCCCACUUCUCCCACCGAGCCCAAUCUAGGGGCCGUCUUGGCAGCAGCCAGCUACCUUCAGCUGCUUGAUUUAGUGGCUUUAUGCAAGAAGAAGCUGAGAAGAAAUGGAAAGUACCCUCCCCGUCCAGGUCCUGCAUUUCUGCCAUUCACAAAGAUGGGGCCCAGCAGUAUCGGUUUAGGGACUGGUGGCAGGUAUAGGGUUUCUACUCCUGUAAUUCAGUCUUGUCCGCCAGGAGGAAUUUUGAAUGCACCCAGGGCACCAUCACUAGAGGAGCUAGUUCCCCAUCGGCUAGCCAUUCAUACUGGGGAGUUGUACGCUCCCACUUCCAACCAGAGCUCUCAGGUUUUCCCACUGCAAGCAGCUCUGCCUGCCCAGCUGGGGCACUCAGCCCACCCUGAUAGGAACUGCUCCCCCAGCUUUGGCCUUGAUCUUUCCAAGAAAAGCCCCACCUCCCAGUCUCAGCUCACACCCUCUCAAAUCCAUCUGGCAAACAGUCACAAUGAUGAGGAGCGGGAUGGGACACUGAGUGAACGCAUUAGUCCCAUGCAGGGGACAAAUGGGAGAGCUUUUUCAUCUGAAAAAAUGGAGUCUGCUGACCAGGUUGGCCCUCUCAGUCCUCCACCUUUCCCACAUCUCAACCAGCCUUUAGGCCCCCACCUUCCUCACCUGCAUCGCUCAGGAUCCCAGAGGACAGACCGCCACCCAUGCCCCACCAGCCCUGAUAUGGCCACAGAAGUUGGAGAGGCAGGCAGAGAAAUAGGCAACAUCUACCGCUGGGUAAAACAUGAGCCAAUGACAUAUACAGCUGAAGAUGAAGAUGAGGAUGAGGAUGAAGACGAAGGAGGUGAAAAUGGAGAUCAGCAUCAUAACCAUCACAAGCCGGGGGAGGAGAGCGAAGGAGCAGAUGACAAGAGUGGCUCAGGCACAGAGGAGACAGGCAGUAGCGAGGGCCGUCCAUCCCCUACUGGACCGAUGGGGAGGUUCCACAUGCCGUAUGAGCCAGAGAGCUUUGGGGAUAAUCUGUAUGUCUGCAUUCCCUGUGACAAAGGCUUCCCAAGCUCAGAGCAGCUCAACGCACAUGUGGAGACACACACAGAGGAGGAGCUGUACAGCAACUCUGGUGGGGAGAUGGGAAACAGCAAUAACAGCGGCACUAAAAGCAUGAGCGGUAACACAAAUGGUUAUGGAAGCCUCAACAGCAGCAGCACUCUUAACAGUCUGUCCCACCUGGAGUCCAAGUCCAAUCAGGGACUGAGUUCAGGAAGCAUAGGGGAGAUGAUUCGACCUUACCGCUGUUCCAGCUGUGAGAAGUCCUACAAAGAUCCAGCCACUUUGCGCCAACAUGAGAAGACCCACUGGCUGACACGGCCUUACCCCUGCAGCAUUUGUGGCAAGAAGUUCACACAGCGUGGUACCAUGACGCGCCACAUGCGGAGCCACCUGGGCCUUAAACCUUUUGCCUGCGACUCCUGCGGCAUGCGCUUCACACGCCAGUACCGCCUCACUGAGCAUAUGCGCAUCCACUCUGGUGAAAAGCCUUAUGAAUGUCAGGUGUGUGGGGGAAAGUUCGCCCAGCAGCGCAACCUCAUCAGCCACAUGAAGAUGCACAGCAGUGGAGGGAAUGGAGGGGGCCUGACCACAGAUGGGAAACUAAAGUUGGACUUUGCGGAGGGGAUCUAUCCCCUGAGUAAAUACGCAGCAGAACACCUGGGGCUGAAGCAAGAAAAGGCCAACGAGCUUCUCAUCCAAGCACAGCAGCAACUGGUGGCUGAUGCCAAGGCUAUGGAGAGCCUUUACCCACUUUCAAAACUGGCCUCAGAACACCUGGGCCUCACCCAUGACAAGAUGGACAUCUUGGGACAACCGCUUCCACCUGCUUCACAGGCUCUCUCUGAAGCCCGCACCAUUGACCGCUACUCACCCAGCUAAGACAUAUGACAUGUAUAAACGGCAAUCACCAGUAGGUCUGUGUGCACACACAAUUUGCAGUAUUCUAAAGCCAUUCACCUCAACUCAGUAUUUUCUCUGCACCUCAGACUCAGGCCACGGGGAGCUGGUCUGCUUAUGUACACCAAAAUGUAUAGACUUUAAGUGCCUUCCUAUGCAUCUAAUGUAUCUUUAAAUCCUCCUCCGUAAAGGAGCUUUGUGCUUUAAAGUGACCAAGGACAAGGACACUCAUUUAAAGACAUACAGUAUUUAUGUACAGUGAGUGCAAAGAAACAUUUUCUUUAGUUUUUUUUUUAUUUUUUGUAUUCCAGCCAUUGAGCCAAAGUGACUAAUUGAAAACCAAAAUCAAAUUGUUUUAUUUAUUUUUGUAUUAUGAUGAAAUUCAAAGAAAACAUGUUGCAAGGAAACUUUGCAUUCUGACCCUAAACCUGUGUACUUUUCUCCUUUGUAAGUAAAAAAAAGCACAUAUCGAUAAUAUUCAAGGUUGUCCAGACCUGAGCAAAACUUUAAGUAUAUGAAAAAGCCAACUCAUCUGGACUUUAAAGUAGUGAGAGUAUAUUUUCUUUAUCUUUUGUUCUUCGUUUUAUUUGAAUUUUACAUAUUUUGGGGUACUGGACAUUUCAUGCAUCUUGUUCUCUGGCUUCUCCCUCAUCAUGUGAAACAACUGAAUGAUAACAACGGCCUCAGUACUUACAUUUUUUUUACAGUACAUUUUUGAAUAGUGCCCCCACUACCCCUGCGUGUUUGUGGCUCAUACUGUGUGACAGUAAUGGUAGCUUAAUCGGCUUUACAUUCGGCUUGCAACUUCCUUUCCUUUGGAGUGUGAAAAACAUCCCUUAGCUUUCAGUUGUUAUUGAGAUGCAGCAAGCACGGCCCUGUGAUCUCAUAAGUGGGACACGAUCGCACAUACCCAGCUGAUGACACACUAAUCCCUGUUCAUGACGAGUACAGCUCCGACUCAUGGUUUAGACGAAGCAUGGGUGUUGCCUCUGACAUUAUGCUAUAUUUACAGUUAUGGAAACAGCUGAGCAGAUGGAGAAGUGACACAGAAAUCUGUCAUUUACUGUUAACUCCAUUAAUAUCAAUGCAACAGCGGUCAUAGGCCUGAUUGGAUGCUGCUCAACUCCACUGUCCAGCCUCUCAUUUGACCUCCCUCUUUUCUACACUGUUGUUUGGGAGCACUGCUACUGUUGACAGGCCAAAGCAAUUGCUGUUUUCAGCUCUUUGUCUUUGAAGCACUCCACAAACUGGAGGGAUGCUCACUCCAUACACAGCAAGCUCCUAAUCUGUCAGCGAUACGAAGGAGUUUGUUAAUCUUCCCUAGAAACCAGCGAGUGAACAGCACUCCCCAGCUGCUGUGCAACAGUAAUCCCUGUGAAAUCUCACUUUCUCCUGGACAAUUUGCACUGCUUGCCGGCAUGAUGUCCCAUUUCAUGCCUGCCAUCUCUCCCCUCUGAUCCUCUUAUAAACAUUAUAUCCCAGCCGAACAAAUGUCUCGUGGCCUCACCUCCUUUCCCCAAUGGUAU